AAAAAAAAAAACUGACUAUUCUGGCUGGUUUGCUAUCACUUAGUUAGAUCUGCUGCACUUGCCUUGGUCACAUAAUGCAACUUUGAGAACCGAGACGCUCAACUGUUGUAAGAGCUCUUUUGUAGACCAUAAUAUUCUAAACUUAAAUCACCUUCACACCAUCUCACUUCGAACACCGAGGUAUUGAUUAGUCAAUGGCUUUCUUCAUUCCCGUUCCUGCCUCCUCAUUUACAUUUCCGCACAGAUCACAGGUGAUUGCGAAUUUCUAUGCGCACACCAAUCCGGAAAGCCAUCCUUUCCCCCAACCCAUCGAGCUUCGCUCGUCAGUCAGCGAAGAGGAAUGGCAAACCAGAACCGUGGCGAUUUGGAACCACUUUGCACGCUACACUUGGUCAAAAUUGUUGCGCGCAUACUUGAUCCUAGCCCUUGUAUUCAGUUUGAUUGGCCCAAUCACUACCAACCUCAUCGUUCAUCGAAUAAUUUAUAACGGCGUUGAGCCCUUGAGCCUGAAUCCAAGCGAUGACGAGAUUCGCGAACGACUGUCACUAAUCAGAAGAGGACAUUUGAUCAACUUCAUCGCCAUCAUUCUCAUCUUUCUCAUCAUUUGGGUUCCCUACUUGAGUUACAAGUCAUUGGGACGAAGACGACUUGUGGCCUUACUCAGCUCUUUCAAUCAAGCUGAUGCAGCCAAGGGUAACAUGCAGGCUCUAAACUGGAUUUGUAAUCGAACUUCGACAUUCCAAUCCAGCGGAACCAUUGCCAUUGAGCUUCCCGUUGCCUUCGUCUCCGCACACCAACCGACGCUUUUUCAUCAAGCCGCGUACCUACCUGAAUACCUCCACAAACCGACAUCUUCACAGGCCCCGCCGAUGUAUGGCUAUGAAGCCGCCCAAAAUGGACAAGUUUACGAUGGUACAACUAAACCAGAGCAACGCGACGUUGGACGCAAAGCUUGAGGCUGUGCACCCCAAGGGGCAAGCGUUGGCGUUGAGCAUGGACGAUGAUCCGGACCCUUGAACCCGGCGUCCAGAGGAGUCCGCAUUCAGACAAGGUUUGCAAUUGUCGUAUCACCCUCCUCAAUCAACAUAAUACACAUCAAUCAUAACGACAUCCAUCACCCCCAUAAAACUCUUCCGAUGAGAACUUUCUGAAGGAGGAGCAGCCUGUGGACAUUUAUUUUUCUUCUUUUAUUUUCCUUUUCUUUCAUUUUUUUGUUGCCAACAUUAGUCGUUUGAGGAAUGAAUUUUGUUCCAGGUUCUCCCAAUCUCUUUUGGAUAUCUUGAUUCUUAACAGACAAAGGAUGAUUCAAACUCUCAAAAAAGAUCCCUUCCAUCAAGAAAAAAAAUGCUCCAUAACAUAAUCAAUGUAGUAGCAUUCACAGAGUUUAAACAAAUACAGAUGUAUUCUUGUCUUCUCCGAUAGACCCUUCUUUUCAAAAGUGAUUCUGAUUUUCAAUCAGUGGAUUUAUCUCAUCUUGAUUUUCCUCUGGCAGAACUACAUUUUUUCCACAACAGUACACAGGUGUAAAUAAUAUCAAUCAUAUUGUAUGUCAGCUAUAAGUUUCAUGAGUAGAACUUCUUUUGUUUUGUAUCUAUAUAUAAUUUUUUUUUCACAAAAGGCUUUCUUAAUCCACAUGUUCCUCCAGUCAGGCAUAUCGCUUUUCAGUUUUUAUAACCUUGAUAAUAUAGGUCCGUUAUUCAUUCUUAGUUUUCCUUGCUGCUUCCUUUAUCCAUUUCUUCCCACAAUUCAAAAAUUUAAUCAGCAUACAUACAGAAAGAAAACAAAUUUGUAACUAAACCAAAAUACACAGGUGUAUAUAAUGUAAUUAUCAACAGUAAUUGAAUUUUUUGUUUGUUUAUGUGAUCUCCUUAUAAUACAUUGUAAUAUUUGGUGCAAAGUUGAAUUAACAAGCUUACAAUAACAUAUGUAUAUGAAUUUCACUGCUAUGGACAUUUAUUGUUGAUGCCAAUUUCAA